AUGUUUCCUCUCCCUCUGAUUGCGGCUCUCCUCCCCGGGGCCGUGCUCGCUGGGCAGCAGCCGUUCGUAGGACCACACCGGUCUGCACAUGACAUACGGUCACCACUGGCACUAGACAACUCGAGCGCUCCGUUCAUCUUCAACUCCCUCUCUGGGCUACUCCAACAAUGGCCCAACACCUACCACUGGAACGGGCACACCAUCGUUCCAGGGACCCUCGAAUCCUUCACUCUGCUCUACCAUGCACGCAGAGACGCUGACAUCCCAGACACCGAGGAGUGGUUUGCCUUCGAUCCCGAGAUGAGCUAUGGCAUCAUGGGUGGGCGCGGCUUCACCUUCAUGCUCACCUACCAGACUCUCCGACCCGCCAAGAUAAUCUACGUUGACGGUAUGAGUGCCGCCCUCAGCGACUCCGGGUGGUUAGACAGCCAGGAGGUCAUUCUGAGCCGGAAGGGCAAGGGUGGCAACAGCCCCAUGGAAGGUGGCGGCGUCUUCGGUGAGGACCGACGCCUCAAGGAGCUCUGUAAAUGGGCGAGGAAGUUUGAUGUGGAGGGCAUCGUGCGUAUGAAUGCCGGCUUCGAACUGAUGUGGUGCGACUUCGAAUCGCCAUUCAUCCAGCUCGUCAGUUACCUCAACAUCACUGCUCCGGGGACACCAUACUCGAACGGCUCGGACUUCCCUCGCUGGCCAGGAGGGCCCGGCCGUGGGCCUGGUCGUCCACCAGAGAACAACCGCCUCGUUCCUGCAGACCCUGACCCGCCCAAGGGAGAUCCACCACGCCGUGGCCCCGGACGCGACCCGCACGGCGGGCCCUUCUCCGGCAUGCCCUCGCCGUUCGCCUCCACAUCCUUCCCUGAAUGGCUCCGCGCCGCGACCGCACGCAAUGUCUCCCCGCAGCCGCACGUCACGCUCGACUACGCUUCGUUCGUGACGUUCUACAACCCACGCUAUCAGAGCCUCAUUCGGGCACGCGCGACGCAGAAGGGCAUGCGCGAGCAUCGCGCGUGGCUGAACAUCUCCGACGAGGAUGCGGCGGCAAUCGUGCAGGAAGUGGAGGACGUGCUGAGCAGGCCGGCUGGAGAGGGCAGCGGGAUGAAUUGGGGCGCGCUUGCGCAAGACGUGGUUGAGGAAUGGGCAGGGAGAACAAUGCAGCUCAAGGAGUUUCUUGAUAAAGUGAGCAAAGAUGAGAGCCUGAAUGCUACGGAGACUGUCCUCGCCGUGCGCCGCCUAGCAUACUCACCGCUCAAUCCGUACAUGGACACCACGUCUGCGCAGAACUCUACCGCGUGGGGCUCGUUCUUCGAGGCAGACCCAACGUCGCUGGGAUGGUCCGCUCAAGUCGCAACGCCUUGGAUGAACACUUCGGCGCUUGAGCGAUGUAAGUAUGCCGCUACCAGCGUCACGUACAACCCUCGCGUGCGCCUGACUUCACAGGAGAUGCUCCUGCGCGCGAGCGUGGAGACGGUGCUGAGCCGGCUGUGCUCUGACUACGGCAGCGUCUUCAUGGAGAGCAUGGACGCCGACGAGCAUGCGUCUGCCGACGCCACGACAGCGCUAAUCGCAAGCUGGGAGAGCCGCAUCGUCGCUCUCAUGCAGUGGCUCGAUUGGACGGAGUGGCUGCGAUGCGGUGAAGUCUGUACCUCAGAUAGCAUCUGCAGUAUGCCUCUCUGGCCCGUGUCCAUGUGGAUGGGUAUCGGUGGGGGUAUGCCCCACGGACCAGGAAGAGAUCGAGGUGGGAGCGACAACCCAGAGGCGUGGACGCCCCGAUGUGUACCGCUCCGCGUACAACAAUUCAGAUGGCCGCCUGGCAGGAACGUCGACCUUGAGCUGCUUCUCGCGGCUAGGCAUGUGCUGUGA